GUCCGCAUGGCCGUGGGGCCGGUGGUGCCACAUGAGGCACCGUUUCCUAUAGAUCCGAUGUGUUGUGCAGGUGGUGUCGCCUCGAUCGUAGAGCGACGUGUAGGCAGGGGCAUGUGCACACCACCGAUCCCGCCUUUCGCACUGUCUAGGGAGAGGACACAGUCGAGGUAUGUGCCUCAGCCUCGCGGCACGCUUGCAUUCGGUUGUAUGACCGCCGAGGAGUUGGAGGCGCACGGCACGAUGGAUUACAUUGGGAUCGACACCGGCCGACCAGACUUGUCUUGGGCGCCAUCCAGCCCGAGCGGACCCCGUGGACCAUAUGGUUUUGAGGAUUGCAUCGGAGCUGCUGGCCCUAAUCUGACGGCCAUUGCCCUGCUGAUGGUGCCUUUUUGCUGGUCCAUUCCCAUGGCAUUGAUGACUGCAGAGCUGUCCUGCAUGAUACCAGAGAAUGGAGGACAUAUUUUGUGGGUUGACCGAGCGUUUGGCACUUUCUGGUCCUACCAAAACAGCUACUGGUCCCUUUUCUGCGCUGUCUUUGAAGGGGGGAUGUAUCCGGUCAUGUUCAUGGACUACUUGUCGUACCUUGUGGGAAUUGGCCUCGAUGUGAAGGCACGUGUCAUAAUUGGGUUGGCAGUUCUGAGCAUCGUCACCACCAUCAAUAUUCUUGGCGUUGACUCUGUUGGGACAGCAUCGCUCCUUUUCUCUGCGCUUGGCUUGUGUCCCUUCCUCUGGAUGGUUGCCGUGGGCAUGCGACGUCUCGAUAUUGUCAGUGCCAUGCAGGUGCGGCGAAUUGAACCGGUGGAAUGGGCGGUGUUCCUGCCCGUGAUCCUGUGGAAUACAUCUGGAUACGACAGCUUGGGAGCUUGUGCUGGGGAGGUGAAAAACCCUUCAGUCAAUUUUCCGAAGGCUCUUAUUUUCUCCCUCUGUUUAAUGAUCUUGCUGGACGUCUCUGUGCUACUGGUGGGAGUCAGCGUCUUUGCGGACUAUUCCAGAUGGCAAGAUGGAGCGUUCGUAACAGUGGGUCAGAUCUUAGGAGGCAACUACCUUGCCCUCAUGCUUGCCCUUGGUGCAGCAAUCAGUGUUGUUGGACUGUUGUGCACUUUGCUCUGCACAUCUUCUCGCGUAUUGUAUGGAAUGGCCAAUGUCGGGACAGUCCCUAAAUGUUUUGCAUCAAUACACACUAAAUUCCAGACACCUUAUAUUGCCAUGUUGGCGAUGUGUACCUGCAUGGCCGUCACUACGUUCCUUCCCUUUUCAGCACUUGCACAGACGGAGAUGUGGUUUUACAGCUUGUCAACAAUACUCAAGUUCCUUGCUCUAGUUCGAUUGCGCGAGAUCGAAGGAGAUGCGCCAAGACCCUUCCGUAUACCUGUGGAGAUUCGUCUGCUGAAGUGUUUUAACUUGGGGAAUGGGAUGAAUCCGGGUAAUGGGACGAAUCCGGGUUUUGUGAAUGGUAUAGCUUUUGGGGGGGCGAAUCAACCAGGGAGCGUAACAUGCCAUAUCUGUGGGAAAGUUGGGCACUACGCCCGAAACUGUUGGUUGGCGGGUAACGGAAGGGGUCCGAUAGUUCAGCAACCCGCUUCGAGUAUCUUGGAUGAUGAGUCUAAGGAAAUGCGGGACUAUUUUCGGGAGAAAAUCAGGAGGAAGAAGAUUGAAGAGGAGAAGAGAGGGAGAGAGGAAGAGGAGAGGCGACGGAGGGAGGAGGAUUUUCGGAAGGAACAAGAAAGGAUGAAAGAUGCAGAAGCUAGGGAGGCGAGACUGGAAGCUCGUCUCGUUCGACUUCUUGCGCAGCAUAAUAAGUCGGCUACGCAACCGGAGAGCUCGAAUGUGAAGAAAAAGGCGCUGAGGACGAAGGCCAGGGUACUCAGGGAGAUUAGGAGCUAUAUAGACGAAUCAGAUGACGAGAGCGACGAAGUGAGAGAAGAGGCGGGACAAUUGAUCGAAGCAAUCGAGAUGAGGAAGGGAAAAAGGAGGAUCCACAAGGAAGAUGGGAGAGGCUCAAGGAUCCAAUCAGAAAGGGUGGGCUACCGAGGGGAACCGGUAAAAAUUGAGGAUGAUGAUGAUUUGAGAACACCUCCACAAGUGAAGAGAAGGAAUGGAGAUGAAGCAGGUAUUCUCGAAUUUGCCAUUGAGCUGCAUAAACAUUUAUCGGAAAAGAAGGUACCAGAGUUAAGAAAGCUUUGCAAUAGAGAGGGCAUCGAAGGGUCGAAAAGAGACACGGUCGGGGAGUUAGUAAAGUGCAAGGCAAAGUUAGCUUAUGGCGAUUCUGCUGAAAAUGGGAGCAUCGCAGAUUUAUUCCAGAACUAGGAAGGUGAGAGUAGUGGAGAAAAGGAGGACGACGGUCGACACGCGAGACUUCAGAGCGAAGGGGGAUUGUGUGAUCACCCGGAGCUACGAUAUCUGAUUCAGGGAUAUGUUCGCCAGAUUGUCACACACGAGUGUGGUCGAAGCUGUGGAGUGGCUGAUGUGGAGUAUCAUAUGCGGAAGGGUUUGAAGGGAGUACGGGUAAGCACGAGGGGAAAGAUGUGUUCCAUGAUCAAGAAGGUGAGGAGAGAAGAGGGAUUCAUCAGCAUGACGUUUGAUGACAUCAGAAGGGAAGUCUUGUUUGAACUUUCUCACUCGUUCGUAUGCUGCGCUUGCGAGAUAAUUUUGCAGGAGUUUGGCAUUCCGAUGGGGAGGAGCUCCAGCCCAGCAUUGGCAUGCACCGUGUGCGCAAGGGCAGAGUACGCUUUUCUGAACCGUAUGAAGGUUACCGGGGCUUUGAUUAAAGGGAUCAGGAUGAUUGAUGACAUCGCAAUUUUCCUUGGCUGCAAGAUUGACCGACCGGAUACUUUCGGAAGGGCGACGAAUAUUUUGGAUGAAUUCGAGCAGUGCUAUGAUAAGAAUGUCAAGUUGGUACGAAAAGACGAGGGAGCAAACGUGUUCGAUUUUCUAGGAACUCGCAUAUUUGCUGAUGUGAACCCGGUAAGGAUCAGCGUGCAUCCUCGAACAAGGAAUCAAGAAUGCCUUCUCAAAGAAGGGAGGCGAAGGGUUCAGUCCAUGCAGGACUAUGCCUCUUUUUCCAGAAAAGCAGCUAAAAAAGUUGUGUUGUAUGCUACAUUGGUUCGUUUGAAGAGGCUAUCGAGUUCUGAUGAGGCUCUCAAGGCGUCGAUUGCAGCCCUGAUGAUCGAAGUUAACCUCCGGGGGUACCCCCCGGAGGUCUCUCUCGGGGCUCUGGCUAGGUUCGCCAGAUUGUCCGAAGCACUUUUUGAACGCGAUACGAAAGAAGCGAUGAUGCAUUGCGCGCCAAUGAAUGUCCGAUGUUACCACACCACAAAACUGACAGGCGACGACACCGUAUACUAUUACGAAUCAAUGACUCCGGUAACAGAUCCUGUCGCCAAUGCAAUGGGAUACCGCAAUGGAGACAAGAAGGUGGAUCGUCAUUUCGUUGUCAGCGUCAAGGAGGAACGAGUCGUCAGACUCACUACAGAGACUUAUAUUCGUGAACACGCCAUCGACCACAGUCGUGUCCUAAUGUCUAAGCCGACCACGUACUUCAGCACCUUUGUUCUCAAAGCGGUCGACGACGGGUGUGAGGCUGCUUUCAGACAUUUGAAGCACUCCUUAACACACCAUGAGGUCUUGAAACUUCUUGAUCCCGACAAACCAUUCAUAGUAACCACGGAUGUCAGCCAAUAUGGCAUUGGUGUCGUGCUUGAGCAGCAUGAGGGGCCAAAGUUGAGGCCAGUCGAGUACAUGUCCAAAAAGAUGCCCUCUCAAAAGUUGGCUAAGUCCGCCUAUGAGAAGGAGCUCUAUGUGAUUUACAAGGCGCUAACCCACUGGAGGCACCACCUCCUUGGGAGGUUCUUCUACCUCAAGAAUGAUCAUCAGACCCUGAAGUGGAUGAGAACCCAGCCAGUGCUCUGCGAUGCGCUGAAACGAUGGAUCGAAGUCAGUGAGCAGUAUGACUUUGAACUCCAGUACAACAAAGGGAAAUAUAACAAAGUUGUUGAUGCGUUGUCGCGUAGGCCGGACUUCCUGGGUGCGCUGAUCACUGAGUUUGGGCUUGCGGACGAUGUUACUGGAUCCCUGGUCUGCAGAGCAGGGGACACAGCUGCAGAUGACUUCUGGAAACCACUGAGAGGCAAACGGGCAAGCAGAGCAGCUGAACCUCGCUAACAGAUGCAUAAAGCGCAGGCGGCAAUGAUAGAGUCUGAGAACAAGCAUCGCCGCCCAUCUACGUUCCAGGUAGGGGAUAGAGUCUGGGAUAAAGCCUCUGAACUGGGGCAAGAGCAUGGGAUCUCCCGCAAGCUCAUGCCACAGUACUUCGGGCCAUGGGAGGUUCUAGAUGUUGUUGGGGAUGAUCCAGAUGGGCCAUCAUACCUCUGCAGUUGCAGAUCUUACGAAGAACUAGGAGGGGGAGGAGGAGAAGGAGGAGGAGGAGGAGGAGAAGGAAGAGAAGGAGGAGGAGAAGGAGGAGGAGGAGGAGGAGAAGGAAGAGAAGGAGGAGGAGAAGGAGGAGGAGGAGGAGGAGGAGGAGGAGAAGCAGGGAACUGGGACAGGCAGUGGAAGUCGAGGGGCUAUGCCUCGUAGAUGCUCUUGGUUGCAGGUUUUUGUCCUCCUUUUUCUUUUUCUUUUUUUGCGGACAGGGGGGGGGAGGGAGGCGGGGGAUGGGUUGCUCGUGGUGGUCUCGCACAGUUGGAAAAGAGUAUAAAAAUGUUCAGCGCCGUUCAAAAUAGAGAAUUGUUGACGUCAACAAUCGAGAGAGGAUGCACGUGGCUGUACACCAACGGGCCCGCCGAUCGCAGCUGCCACGUCAUCUGCCGUCCACGGAAAACGGUUGACUGCCACGUGUAUCUAAUGACAUCGCAGCUGCCACGUCAUCUGCCGUCCACAUUUUUCGUCCAUGAUCCGAUCGCAAGAAUCGAGCACGCGACAUCCCUCGCGGGAUUUUGAACACGCUGGAUGAAAGCUUCUACCUGACUGCCACGUGGAUUUGGAUGUGCAAUCUGGUUCACAGCUUCUGCCUGACUGCCACGUGGAUGUGGAUGUGGACGUCUUCUGGUUCACAGCUUCUGGCCGACUGCCACGUGGAUUUCGAUGUGUAAUCUGGUUCACAGCUUCUGCCUGACUGCCACGUGGAUGUGGAUGUGGACGUCUUCUGGUUCACAGCUUCUAGCCGACUGCCACGUGGAUUUCGAUUUGUAAUCUGCUUCACAGC